GAGAAGCACUUUAUCUGCCCUUCCAUUCUAAAUGAAAGCUUUGCUAGAUAGAGCAAUCUUGGAUGUAGGUCCUUGCCUUUUAUGACUUGGAAUACUUCUUUCCAGGGGGGGCUGGUCUUUCUUGAUUGUGCUGCCUUAGUUUUCCUGAGGGGGCACAACUCCAGGAGGGAGGUUCUGGGUGACCUAGUUUCUGGGGAGUGGGGACAAGAACAAGGCCUGGACCAUGGUCAUGGCUGGCUGUCUUCCCCAUGCCUCUCACACAGCUCUUGGAGUGGUGUCAAGGGCUUCAGAGUCCCGAUUCUGACAGACCCCAGGGCUGGAGCAGUCUUCAGGGUAGAUAACCUGUUGCCUUGCCCUCUGGGGCUCUGUGGAAAUGGGAGCCAGGAGUUCUGGCACCAACUCUGGAGGGGGCGGGACCCAGUGCAGUCUGGCCCCUCCCUGGACCAGGGCCUCAAAUACCUGCCUGUGGGCAGGCAUCAGACCUGUUGUCAGACAAAGCCCUUGAAGUCUGCCUGGAACCACAGACACACUCCCAUCCUGGACCUCAGAACCCUACCUGGGCCCAAAUCCUGAGCCUCUGAUACAACGCCAUUCACAUCUCAGGUGAGUCUGGGAGCUGGGCUGAGUCUGGGGCUGGAUUAAUGGGGUCUAUUUGGACUUCAGUUCCUGACAGCUUAGGAGGAGGUCUGUGAGCCCAGCGCACAACCCUGAGAGACCUGGAGAACGCAGUGGGGAGGUUGCGCCUUGGCACCAGCCAUCACUGGGCAGCAUACCCUGCCAGGCCCUGGCAUAGGGGAAAGGGAGAGGUGGCUGCGUGUGUCUGACUCCGGGUCCACGCUCUUGUCUGCCCCUCCCAGCCUACUUGCUCUGUGAAAUGGACCGGCCCUGGGCCCUACUAUCCGUGCUCUGGGCUCUGGGGGCCACCACGGCAGUGGCGCUGCGCAUUGGAGCCUUUAACAUCCAGAGUUUCGGAGACAGCAAAGUGUCAGAUUCGGCUUGUGGCAGCAUCAUUGCGCAAAUCCUGGCUGGCUAUGACAUCAUGCUCGUGCAGGAGGUGCGAGACCCGGAUCUGAGCGCAGUCUCUGCGCUCAUGGAGCAGGUUAACAGUGUGUCCAGUCACGAAUACAGCUUCGUGAGCAGUGAGCCCCUGGGGCGGGACCAGUACAAGGAAAUGUACCUGUUCGUUUAUAGAAAGGAUGCGGUGUCGAUCGUAGACACGUACCAGUACCCGGACCCAGAGGACACCUUCAGUCGAGAACCUUUCGUGGUCAAAUUCUCAAUCCCUGGCUCCGCUGCUAAGGAGUUGGUGCUGGUUCCACUGCACGCUGCGCCACACCACGCAGUAGCAGAGAUCGACGCGCUCUACGAUGUGUACCUGGACGUGAUCGACAAGUGGGGCACUGAUGACAUGCUGUUCCUGGGCGACUUCAACGCCGACUGCAGCUAUGUGCGGGAACAGGACUGGGCGGCCAUUCGUCUGCGCAGCAGCGAGGUCUUCAAGUGGCUCAUUCCAGACAGUGCGGACACCACGGUGGGCAACUCAGACUGUGCCUACGAUCGUAUUGUCGUCUGUGGCGCCCGCCUGCGCAGGAGCCUGAAGCCCCAGUCAGCUGCUGUGCACGAUUUCCAGGAGGUAUACGGCCUGGACCAGACUGAGGUGAGUGCUGAGCCCCAGAGGGGCGGGGGGGUCCCCAGGCCACUCUGCGCUGGCAGACGGGAGGAGCCUGCUGCCCCCUGCCCAGGGCCAGGCUCAGCUUCAGUGCACCUGGCACUCCCCUCCCUGCCCGUUUUAGAAAAGGCCCCUCGAGUCUGUUCUUUGCCUCUCCUAAGUCUGUGCUCCUACCCUACCUGUGGGCAGCAGUAGGGGUGGACAUCUCAGGCCUCAUUGACCUGCUUCUGCAGAUCGUGGUUUGUAGAAACCCAGUGGGCUUUAUCCCAGAUGGGGGGCAGUUCUCUGAGGUGAAGCCCAGCAGGUCCUCUGAGACUGGGCCCUCUUUCCUUCCAGGCCCUUGCCAUCAGUGACCAUUUUCCUGUGGAGGUGACUCUCAAAUGCCACUGACAGUCCUGAGAACUGGCCAGGGCAUGCUGCCUGCAGAGUGGCCACGAGGUACAGCCCCACAAGGCCCCUUCAGGGUAGCUGGCCUGCCCCCAGGAAGUCUGCAGGGCAGGGUCAACUGGGCCCGGACAGGUGGCCAUUGACAUGUUAUAGGACCACUCUGAGCCCGUGUCCCCAUCUGUAAAAGGGCCUACCACCACCUACCUCACCGGGGUGUGAGGAGUACCCUGAAACACUGGGCACAGCUCUACUCAAUAAAUGAGUACUUGUCCAGGACCACAGACAGGCUGGUUCAGAGGCCUCCAUGUCCUUCCUUUCUUACGACUAUCUCCCUGUGGCACAACCUUGGUCCUAUAGCCUAGCCUGAACAUUUUACGUCCCGCUGGGAACUACCACCUCCAGGCUGUUGUACUGAGUGAGUGGGGAUCAGCACUCACACAAGAAUAGUGUUGUCUUGAAAGGCCAACCUCCCUCCUGCAGUCAUCCUCAGGCACCGGUCUAUGUCAGGUGUCCUGUCCAUCACUGCAGGGUUGGCUUAGGGUCCUGCCCACAGGACCUGCACAACUGUUGGUGGUACAGCCUCUCAAUGGUGCCUUCCUGGGUAGGACUUGUCUCGCAGGGCAGUGGCCUGUGUCCCAAGUAACCCAUGAUCUGAGGAUCAGGAACAAGCAGAGGUAGGAUACACAGCAUAACUGACAGAGGCCUGAUGAGGUUUUCAGUUUUUGAAACAUCUUGGCAGGAUUUGGUAACUGCCCUGAAUUGUAUGGGAGAAGCCUUUGUAUCAAAAGUGUGAACGCGUUUUUCCCAACAAAUCUUCCUAAAAGAAGAUCUAGGCCACUCAUAACAUAGAAUCCCUCUCAAGUAAUGCUUCCUUCAUCCCUCAAGUCCCCCCGAU